AACUUGGCUUUUUUGUCUGGAAAGCCUGACCGGGCGAAGCUCCUCGACGUUCUAUAUUGAACAAAUUUAAAGGUUUCAAGCGUUGAGUUUGGUAAUAAUUGGACAUUUUGUGAUUCAGCAAAUAGCGGAUAAUAACGAGGGAUCAUUCGUCUAGAAUGAUGUGAGGCGAGUGUAAUUCUUUUGGGAAAUAGGAACUUUGCUUUCGAAAGGAUUUUACGCGAAAAUUGGAUUGAGACAUUUCACCUACAACGUGAUGGUUUAUAACCUCUAUCCCAAAGCUCAUAACACUGAGGUGUUUUAACAAGUUUUGGUUACACUGAAGACUCGCAACUCUGUGGUAUUUUUGGAAACUCUUGUGUCAGUAUGGGGGAUUUCCCUCUAAAUGGUUUGGGGGACUUCACCGGCAAAACCAUGGGUGACUUGGAUGAUGGACUUUUCUAUGGAACAGCAACAGCCCAGAGUCAACCAUUGGAUAACCAACACCUCAACCAGAACAGUGCUGGAAUGAGCCUGAGCAUGGAACGGCACAUUCAACAAACUAAUGAAAGACUCCAGUGUAUAAAACAGCACCUGUCCUCUCCACAAGGAUUUCAGACUUCUGCAAGAGAACUUCUGGAAUGGUGUGGGGAUGUACGUGCUUUUCAACGAGCAUUUGAAAGCAACUUGAUGGGAUGUCUCACGGUUGUGAGUCAAGUUGCAGCCAAUCCAGGUUAUGAUUUGGAUUUAGGUUACCGACUCCUGGCUGUUUGUGCUGCACACAGAGACAAGUUCACCACAAAGUCAGCUGCUAUGUUAGGUGUUUGGUGUGAAGAUCUCGGCAGACUUCUCUUACUUCGGCAUCAAAAGCAGAGAAAUGUUGAUACUCAGAAGACAGCAGGCUACCCCACAGCACCAGGAAACAAGCUUGCUCAGAUGAAUCAGUUGAACCCAAUGAAUCAAUUAAGUCAGCUCUCAAACAAUGAUGCAUCGACUGUCAUGUGGCCACAGAGUACUCAAGGUCAUGGCCAACAGCAGCCAUCACUAUCUGUGGUGACAACAGUUUGGGGUGUCACGUCCCCAAUGACUAAUGGAACAGCAAACAUGACACAUGAUCCAACCAAUCCAGGAAUUCCCACCACAAACACAGUUAAUUCUGUGGGACAUCCCUAUCUCUCAACUUCUGCAAAUCCAAAGCAAUAUGCACAAUCAGGGGGUUACCCAGCAAGACCAGGAAGCAGGCUUCCUCAAGAGACAACACAGCCUGUAGCACAGAACUACAUGCAGCGGCAAAACAGCUUCCCUGCCACAGGAAGCACACCCAGUGUUCCUCCUGGAAGUAAUAAUUAUUACUCGCAGCAAAAUGCUGGUCCACCUAAUGCAUCACCCUUUCCACAGCCUGCUGCCAACCCAGCUGCUGCUGCGGCUGCAGCUGCUGUUGCUGCAGCAGCUGCUACAGCGACGGCAACAGCCACAGCAACUGCCACUGCUGCACUUCAAGAUCAGCAACAAAUGGAUUAUGGUUUCCCUCCAGGGCAGAGCCAAUAUGGUCCCAACCAAGCCAGCCACCCGCAACACCCUCCCCCACCAUAUCAGCGCAGCAACUUCCCCCAAUAUCCACAGCCAUUUGGACAACAGCAGCAGCAACAACCCGGUGCCCAGCAGGGUAUGCAGAAACCCAACUCUGGGAUCAGCCGCACUCAAUAUUUACAGGAUUACAUGAUGAGAAAACAACAGCAGCAGCAACAACAGCAAUUGCAACAACAACAACAGCAAAUGCAACAACAUUACAAGCAGCAGUAUGCUGGACAAUAUGGGCAACAGGGUGGCUAUCAGAUACCUUCUUCAUAUCAAGCACAGGCUGGUUAUCAACAACAACCAACACCUCCUCCACCCUAUACUCCAAGUAUGAGCCCCAUGUCACAGAUGAACCAACAGAUGGGACACAUGAUGCAGCCAAACUCAGUCAACCAAUCAAUGGGGCAGAUAAACCAGCCAGUUGGACCACAGAUGGGCCCGCAGAUGCCACCAAUAGGUCCAUUAAACCAGAUGUCUCAAAUGAGUCCCAUGAGUCAAAUGCCACAAGUGCCUCAAGGUCCUCAGCUGCCCUCAGUGGGGCAGAUACCCCAACCAGGAAUGUACGGCCCUCAUCUGCCGCAACAGGGGCCACGACCCAUGCAGAGACGACGCAAGAGUACACCCCAGUAUCCUAAUGCUACAAUGGCAAAUGCAAUGUCACCGCCAGUCACACCAGGGGCAAUGCCAAGCCCUUACAUGAGUAUCAGUGAUGCUGCCCUGAAUCCAUCAAACUGCUAUGACAUCAAACCCCAAGUGGUUCCUAACACUGCUUCACCACAAGCUUAUGAGGAUGUCAAGCCCACAAGGUUGAAUAGUGAAAACGAUGUCAUAAGAUUGACAUUUCCUGUAAGAGAUGGCAUAGUCCUUGCUCCCUUUAGACUGGAGCAUAAUCUGGCAGUCAGUAAUCAUGUGUUCCAUCUCAGGGACUCGGUCCAUCAGACACUAAUGAUGAGACCUGAUCUUGAGCUUCAGUUCAAAUGCUACCACCAUGAAGAUAAACAGAUGUAUACAAAUUGGCCACAGUCUGUGACUGUCAGUGUGAAUGCCAACCCUCUUAUUAUUGAAAGGCAAGGGGACAAUAAAACUUCGCAUAAACCUCUUCAUUUGAAGAAUGUUUGUAAACCAGGAAGGAACACAAUACAGAUUACAGUCACAGCUUGCUGCUGUUCCCACCUCUUCGUUCUUCAGUUGGUCCACAGACCUUCCGUAAGCUCAGUUUUACAAAGCUUGUUACGUAAAAGACUUCUUCCAGCAGAACACUGUAUCACAAAAAUUAAAAGGAAUUUCUCGUUCAGUUCUUCUGCUGCUGGCGGCACAGACGACAGUGUAGAGCAAACAGCUAUCAAAGUAUCGCUCAAAUGCCCCAUCACAUUCAGAAGGAUAACGUUACCAGCCAGAGGCCAUGAUUGUAAACAUAUCCAGUGUUUUGACUUAGAAUCGUAUUUAAGGCUCAACUGUGAAAGAGGAAGCUGGAAAUGUCCUGUUUGUAGCAAAGUUGCACUUCUUGAAGGACUCGAAGUGGAUCAGUUCAUGUGGGGCAUCCUAACAACGUCCAGGUGCUCUGAUGUGGAAGAAGUAACAAUUGAUCCAAACAGUCAAUGGAAGCCUGUUCCUGUUAAACAGGAACCAAAAGAUGACGAAUGUCAAGGACCACAGCCGGCUAAGAAGGCUCGACCGUCUCCUCCUGACUCGUUACCGCUCUCUGGUGUUAGGACACCCACAUCACAAAUGUCCAGCAGUAGUGGACACUACUCGCCUUAUCAAACGCAACCACCGUCUAACCCUGGUAUGGGUGCACCUACUCCUCCUGGACGGACACCCCCUGAGUCUCACAGCUCAUCAGGUGGAAAUCAGCUGCAAGAGCAUAACGCUAGCAAUUCUGCAACGACGCAACCAGCGGCAUCUACGCCCAGUGGUGAAAAGAUGACACCCAGUCCAGUCACUAGCCAAGCCACGACGCAAAGCAGCAACCACACUCGAGGUCCCGCCACUCCUCAAACUCCAGGGAGUCAUACAAAUCCAAAAGGUGCUGCUGAAAGAACGCAGCACUCGUCAAGCCUCUCCCAGCCGCCCGUGUCAGGGAAUGCUGAUAGCAUUGCCGCCGACCUCGAACACGACAAUCUUCCGGACGAUUUUAACUUUGGUGUUCUGGAAGAUCAUGGCGGAGGAACUGAUGGAGUGGAAGGCGCUUUAGACGUUUUACCUGGAACCCUCGACCCAGAAGAGCUUUUCAACUAUCUGACGCCGUCCGACCUUCCCAGCGAAGAUAUCUUGUCCAUGUUCGAGUAGCUUUGUCAUGGUGAUGUCGUUCGCUCACAGGAAAGAUUCAUGCUAGAAAUAUUUUACUUUGCUGUACUUGAAAAUAGAGCGAAUAAUUUGUAUUGAAGGGGUAGGUUGAAAGACCUCUACGUACUUUUUUUGUAUAGUACAAAUAUUCUCAAGUUUACGUAGUUAAACAAAAUUGAUUAUUGCUAUAAUACAUUACUAUUUGGAAUGUUUUCUGUUUUUCUAGUGAAGUUUUGUCCUUACUUUUAUGUGUAAACCCUUUUCAAUUUUCAUACUUCCUUUUGUGAGUAACUCUUUUUUUUUCUUAUCCAUCACUUCGGUUUCGUUUCGUACUAUAAUCUGAUAUAAGGAGCAAGGAAAAUUUUCUUGGUUGCGGCAGUUUUUUAUCCUGGAUAUCUUGGCGGUUUGUGCUUUUUUUACAGGCUGUGUAGUCAAAGCUAUAUUAGUGUCGUGGUGUAUGUAUAGUGAUAAGGAAGCUAUGAUUUGGGUCAAACUCAAGCUGAAAAUUUUAUCUAACAGAGUACUAAGAAAGAGAGGCCAUUUCCGUUGUGAGUCACACAAAGUACUCCACCUUGCACCUUGUACUCCUCAGGUGCGGGUGAAAGACAAAGAGAAUUAUUAAUCAUUCCAACAUUUGGAAUUAGUUCGGUAAAUGCUAUAAUAUAUGCAUAAAUAAAUUAAAUGGGGCAUGUAACCCUCAUUGUGUACAAGCAUAGAAAUGAAGUAGAAGUAUUCUUUUUCGUUUUAAUUAGAGGGAUUUAUAGGUUUUAGUUACACGUAGGUAGCGCCAUGACAGAAGUAUUAGAACAAAAUGUAGUAUUGUGUUAAUGAGAUUUAUCGUAGUAAUGAUAGCGUUAGGUAUAUUAUCUAGAAAGGGACACGCAUGAUACUUGUUUCAUAAUCUCCUCUACAGAACAUUCCUUCGUGGAAUAACGUUGACCAAGUCGGUAUUCUUCUUUCUUUCUUUCUUGGGAUCUCGACUUUUAAUUUUUUUUAACUGUCGGUUUUAUUAUUCACAUCAGUCAAGAGUCUUUCGCCUGAUGAAAUAUUUUACCACGUUUUUUUUAUUGUAUUUUUAUAAGUACGAGGUACAGCUCAGUAUGAGCUUCUCAUUUCUGCACUUCUAUGUUAUCACUCUCCUAAGAAGGACUUGACCUUUGAUGACUCGUUGUUGUCAAAAUGGAAGAUUCAAGCAAAAGAUUUGUCUCGAGAAGCGUCUUUCCCGUCUGGCAGUUAGUACAAAUUUCUCGAACUUUUUUGUGCACAUUCAAAUCUUACUUUCAUCAAACGCUUGAGCCAUCUAAUUUCUUUUCACGUGUGAACAUUCAAAAACUGUUACGAAUUUGUCUUCCUUUCAAACCAUUUCUGUCCUGUAGUAUGAACAGUAACGACUUGUCUUUCACGAAUUGGUUGACAGUUUUCCGUCUCUUCUUUUUUUUUCCACAUUCUUUUCUGAUUCAUAAUGUUGCAAGAGCUCGAACUUUACUUUCUUUUCCAGUCACAAUUUUCUUUUUCCUUUGAAAACUUGCUUCAGAUUGUUCGGGUAGCAUUUAUUUCAGGGAGAAUACUUGUAAGCAAAUUAAUUUAUUCAGAUUCCAGGUAACAUGAUGUGUAUUCCUUAGCCGUUUCUAAGUUCAGAGACAAAAUAAAACAUGACUUAAAAAGUAUUGCAAAGAGAGUCUGGGCGAAGACUGCCGACGGUUUGUGCGCGAUUGUUUCCCCCCGUACGACUUUCAGAUUUAAGAAGACGUUAUUAGACGUAGUUGCGCUUUAUUUGGUGGCAUUUAUGUCGUGCUGUACAUAAAGUGAACAUGUAUUUAUAUAUCUAUAAAUAAUGUAUAUCAAAAUAUGAUCUAGUCUUUGUAAAUACUCGUAUGGAACGCAUAUCUGGAAAAAUGAGAUAGUUGGUUGGUAAAAGCCGCAUUUCUGUUACUGUCGUUGUUAGCCUUUAGCCCAAGAUGUUUCAAAAUGUUAGGGAAAGACUUUAAUUUAUAGUAGUGCCGUAGUUCGCAGAUUUAUUUGGAUAACACAUCAAGUACUGGCUACGAAAUGAGCACCACUCCAAAACCCCGUCUGAAUCCACCGUAAUAAGAUUGAAGUGAGUUCGGAAAUCUGUCACAUAUUCUCUACUUCUACAAGCGACGCCGGACAUUUUAUGACGAUCGUUUUCAGGGAAAAAUGUGUUCAAUGUAAGUUCGAGAUUAUAAGCGAAGUAAAUCAUUGUCAUCUCUCUUGUAGUAUCGAUAGCAUAGUAGAUUUUAUACCUAUUUAUAACUUAGAGUGUACAACUACAGUUCUGUAGGAGAGAACAAAUUCUUACGAAGAAGGCUACGAUAGACUUAUUAAAGCCGCCUGUAUGUGUAGAUAUUCUAUAUCUAAAUUUUAUAAGAAAUAAAGGUCAUUCAAGUCUUA